GAGCCCGCGCGGGCCUGAGGGGCGCCCGGCGCUCGGCCUCGCUGUGCCGGGCCGUGUCUCCUGCGGACUCCCGGUUCCCGGCCCCGCUGCCCGCCAGGCUCGCUGCUCUGGGCCGUGUCUCCUACGGACUCCCGGUUCUCGGCCCCGCUGCCCGCCAGCCGCGCUGCUCCGGGUCCUUAUCUCCUGCGGACUCCCGGUUCUCAGCCCCGCUGCCCGCCAGGCUCGCUGCUCCGGGCCGUGUCUCCUGCGGACUCCCGGUUCCCGGCCCCGCUGCCCGCCAGCCGCGCUGCUCCGGGUCCUUAUCUCCUGAGGAGUUCCCGGUUCACAGCCCUGCUGUGCCGGGCCCUUAUCUCCUGCGGACUCCCGGUUCCCGACCCCGCUGCCCGCCAGGCUCGCUGCUCCCAGCCGUGUCUCCUGCGGACUCCCGGUUCUCGGCCCCGCUGCCCGCCAGGCUCGCUGCUCCGGUCCUUAUCUCCUGCGGGCUCCCGGUUCUCAGCCCCGCUGCCCGCCAGGCUCGCUGCUCCGGGCCGUGUCUCCUGCGGACUCCCGGUUCCCGGCCCCGCUGCUCCGGUCCUUGUCUCCUGCGGGCUCUCGGCCCCGCUGUCCGCCAGGCUCGCUGCUCCGCUCCUUAUCUCCUGCGGAGUUCUCGGUUCCCGGCCCCGCUGUCCGCCCGCGGCCGCCCCGCAGCCUCUCCCCGGUGCUCCGGGCGGGCUCCGCUGCAAGCCUCCAAGACUCCCGGUUCCCCUAAAGUCAGAACACCACGUAAAGCUGGCAAACCUGGAAAUAAUCACUCCCAGCAACUACCUUUUAAUAAUUGGUCUGGAGACUCCCACCAGCUGAGGGAAGUCGGCUUUGCCAUUCAGGAAGGUUUUCUCUCAGCAAGCGUAGAUGAAGGGUGUAACUGCUACUGAAGGAGCAUUUUAAAGGAGGUCUGAUGACAACAAAAGCAAAUUUGCCUGUGACAGCAGGGUCUAUAGUUGUCCCUUACGGGCAUGUGAUUGGAAAUGAGAAGUGGAGAGGGUCAGAGGUUGCCCAAAGGCUACAAGGAAAAGUUAGACUCAUCUUUGAAGAUGGCUUGGGACUGGUGGACUUUCAUCUUUCAAACAGAACUUGCAUUUUACUUAUUUCUGAAGCAGAUUUGGUUGCAGGGGAUGAUUUCAAACGAAGAUUGGUUAAGUUUAGAAAUGCCAGCAGUCUUAGGGGAAUUGUAAUUGUAGAGAAAACCCGAAUCAGUGAGCAGUACUACUCAGGAGUACAAAAACUUGUUGUACUUGAACUUGGAAUGGUGUUGCUUCCUGUGGCAAAUCAAGGAGAAGCUUCUCAACUUAUUAUUCAACUAGUGCGGGAGCAGAGCCGGGAUCUCGGUGCCAACCCCUUCGUUCGCAAGCAGCGCGCUCAGCUGGCGGAGCCCGCCGUGCUCCGGGCGGUGCAGCACAUCCCCGGCGUCGGGAGAGCAAAGGCGCUGCUCUUACUGCAGCGCUUCGGCAGCAUCCACCGCCUUUGCAACACACCCCUCAGCGAGCUCCAGCCAGUAGUUGGACAAACUCUAGCACAACAAAUUUAUACUUUUUUACACUCCUGACAUGCAUGUGCAGUCCUAUUUUGCAAAAUGAAAACUCGGGGUUUUUCUGAUUUCUGUAAUCAUGGCUAGCAGUAACUGGACUCUGAUGCUUUUUUUUUUUCCAUCUGCUCUGUUCAUAUAAAUUAAGUGGUGCAAAUUGCCUUGGAAAGAAGUCUGUAAAUAUUUUGCAUCUAUCUGGAACAUAAAAAAAAACCAAGAAAGCUGGUUUUUUUCAGCAUCUGUGUUAAAAAAAUGGAUGAGCAAUAUGCUUACUUUGGUCUUCCAGAAAAAAAAACCCAUAUGAAUAUAUGCAUAGUAACUUCUCAGUAACUGGAAAUAUAUCACAUGUGUUUAAAAAGUUAGCAUAUAUUCCAUUAUAGUAAUAUAGAAAUUGCUUUAUAUUUUUUGAUUUAUAACUUUUCAUAGCUUUUUUUUUUUUUUUAAUACCUUUUUGGAGUUCCUUUGGAAAAUCCUGCUGGAAUACAGGUUUGUCUUUACACCAACUUAUAUUUCUGGUCACCCCUCCAGUUCUCAGGGUGUUAACAAAUUUAUUCCCUUGUGUCUUGAUACCCAAAAUAUUGGUUAAUUCAUGUUGUCCUUUUGAAUGUAGGAUGACAUAAUAAUAAACUACAAAAUAUUUUGAUACA